AUGCCCAACCUCAAGGAUGAGCUGCAUUGUUCGGGGUGGAGCGCUGGCAAAGUCUGCUUUGACAAUAUCACAACGAAAAAGAACAAGCUGAUCCUCCCCUGUUUGAUUUCUUCCCGUAUUUACGUGGUGGAUGUGGGCACGCAGUGCCGGGCUCCCACAGUGUGUAAGAUGAUUGAGCCAGUGGAUGUCUUCUGGAAGUGCAACAAGGGCCACCUUAGUGUAGUUCACAGUCUGCCCAAUGGUGACAUUCUGAUCGCCAACAUGGGUGAUGCAGCUGGCCAUGGAAAAGGUGGAUUUAUUGUGCUGGAUGGAGAGACCUUUGAGCUGAAGGGUAACUGGGAACAUGAGUGCGAGAUCCCCCCAACAGGCUAUGACUUCUGGUACCAGCCACGCCACAACGUUCUCAUUAGCACCGCCGGGAUGGUCCCAAGGAUUGCAGGACGAGGAUUUAACCCAGAUGACCUGAAGAAAGGGGUCUUCGGGCGCCGCCUCAAUGUGUGGAAUCUGUCCUGCCGGACCCUCACACAGUGCUUCGACCUGGGGAGGACAUUGCCCAUGAGCGUUAAGUUCCUUCACAACCCUGAUGCUGCCGAGGGAUACGUCAGCUGUGCCCUCAGUGGCAUCAUCUACCGCUUCUACAAGUUGUGAGGCAACUGGGCGGUGGAGGAGGCCAUCCAGAUACCGGCCAAGGACGUGUCGGGAUGGAUUCUGCCCAAGAUGCCAGCCUUCCCCUGCGACCUGGUCAUCUCCCUGGAUGACAAGUACCGGUACGUUGCCAACUGGCUGCACGGGGACAUUCGCCAUCGAGAUUUCUCCAGGACCUGCAAGCCCCGGCUGGUGGGACAGGUGUUUGUGGGAGGCAGCAUCCUGCGAGGCGGGCCCGUGACAGUGUGCAGAGAUGAAGAGCUGAAGUGCCAGCCAGAGCCCUUGGUGAUCAAGUGCAAGAGGGUGUAUGGCGGCCCUGCGAAGAUCCAGCUCAGUGUGGAUGGCAAGAGGCUGUACGUCACCAACUCCUUCUACAGCACUUGGGACAAGCAGUUCUACCCGAACGUGGUCAAGGAAGGCUCUGUCAUGCUCCAGAUCGAUGUGGACACGGAGAAGGGAGGCCUGACAGUGAACAAGAACUUCCUGGUGGAUUUUGGAAAGGAACCCAGCGGGCCUUGCCUUGCUCAUGACAUCCGCUUCCCUUGCGGAGAUUCUACCUCCGACAUCUCAGCCUAGGCACCAUGGAACAGCUCCCUUCUUCUCUCUGAUCUGUAGUGCAGCCAUCAAACAGAGUGUAGGGUGAUUGGGUUGGGGGUCCCAUUCCUUGCUGGAAUCUACAUUUCUGCAGCCAAUCCAGGCAGCCUUUGUUUUCCAUGCACACAAGCCACUGGGUGUGCUUCCCAGUGCACAGCUCAGCUCCUUGCUCAGAAUCAGAGCCAUGCACAACACACAGCUCCUUUCAAUCAACAUUUGCAUCCUCACCUUGCCAUAUAGAGCAGCUGGAGGCUGCUGAGCUCUCUGUUACAAUUCAGAGUUUGCUCACACUAGCUGAUGGAGGCCAUAGAAGUCCAAGUGCCCACACUGUCCAAGUUGUUGCUUUUCAGCCGUGUCCGUUGCUGGGCGCUCCUUCCCUGGCACAAGGGCACAUGGAAGUCCCUGGCAUGUGCCAGUGCCUGGGCCAGAAGGUGUUGUAUUGCUGAAGGAGUGUGAAUUGCUUCAGUCAGAAAGGGAUGCCUGAUUCCUGAUGCUGGUUUUCUUGUGUUCUGCUUCAAACAUGA